AUGGUGGAUGGUUUUGUAACUUCCGAGGUUUUUCAAGGUUUGGUGUUUGUUGAUCGUGGUUUCCUGUUAGAUGGUUCAGAAUCCUUGUUUUUCUUGUAUUCUGAAACUGUUGGUGGUUUACGCAGAAGCGAUCUGUGUUGGGUGUUGUCAAGUUUCGAUCAAGCUAAGUACAUGGUUGAAUUGGAAAUCCAAGUCCCCACCCCAUUUGACCCAUUUGCUGAGGCGAGAGAAUCGGAUGCCCCCGGAGCGAAGGAGUAUGUGCACAUUCGGAUCCAGCAGAGGAAUGGGAAGAAGAGUCUGACCACAGUGCAAGGCUUGAAGAAGCAGUUCAGCUACGAGAAGAUCCUCAAGGACCUCAAGAAAGAGUUCUGCUGCAACGGCAAUGUGGUGCAGGACAAAGAGCUUGGCAAGAUAAUUCAGCUCCAAGGUGACCAGCGCAAGAACGUCUCACACUUCUUGGUCCAGGCCGGUCUUGUCAGGAAGGACCAGAUCAAGAUUCAUGGUUUUUGA